CGAAUUUACGGCCACCACGAAAAUUUCAUGUGCCCACUCCCCUUCUUCGACGGUUACCAGCUUCAUCAGCAAUGCCGCCGCCAACGCCACCAACGGGCGAACCGAAGCGUCGCCGCCUGCUGGCGCUCCCGGCCGUGUGCCCGUGCGAGGGCAUCGCGCCGGCGCCUCUACUCGCCUCCCUCCUCUCCCUCGCCGCCGAUUUAGCGAGCCGCGGGGCCGGAGACGCUGGCGCCUUCCCCGUGCUCCGCCGCGGCGUGCGGCAGGCGGUGAGGAUCGCGGGCCUCCUCCUCGCGUUCCUCGAGGAGAUCCAGGACGCGACGGUGGCGCUGGCGCUGCCGGCGCCGGCGGUGCUGGGGCUCACGGAGCUGCACGUGGCCAUGCAGAAGCUGCGGUUCCUCCUUACGGACUGCGCGCGGCGGGGCGCGCGCCUGUGGGUGCUCGUCAACGCCGGGCUGGCCGCGUCCGAGCUCCGGGCGGUGCUCGGGUCCGUCGCGGCAUCCUUGGACGCGCUGCCGAAGGGCGUCGUGGAUGCGUCAGUGGAGGCCGGGGAGCUCGCGCGGCUGGUGUCGGAGCAGGCGUGGCGCGUGCCGGUGCGCCCGGACGCCGGGGACGAGCGUGCGGCGAGGACCGUGCGGUCGAUACUGGAGCAGUUCAAGAGCGGCGUCUCGCCGGACGCCGAGGACGCCCGGCGGGUGCUCAAGCACAUCGGGGUUAGGACCUGGUCGGAAUGCUCCGAGGAGAUUGCUUUCUUGGAGGAUGAGCUGCGCACGCGGAUGGACGGCGCCGGCGAUGACAGCUGCAGCGACGCGGUACUCAUCAACAGCUUAAUAGCGUUCCUGGUGUACUGCCGCGUCGUGCUGUUCGAUCAGAUCGACGUGAAUCCAAAAGCGGACGCGGCGGCGCGGCCGGCCAGGUGCCCGGAUUGGAUCAGACCGGACGCGCUGCAGUGCCCAAUCACGCUGGACCUCAUGACCGACCCGGUGACCGUGUCCACCGGCCAGACGUACGACCGCGCGUCCAUUACUCGAUGGAUCAAAGCUGGGUGCCGGACGUGCCCGGUCACCGGUGAGCGGCUCCACACCGCCGACGUGGUCCCGAACGCCGCGCUCCGCGGGAUCAUCGAGCGGAUGCUGCUCAGCAACGGCGUCUCGCUUCCCGACGCAAGCAGCUCAGGGCACCGUCACGGCGCGCUCGGCAACACACCGGCGCCGUUCGGACGGGCCGCCGCCGGCGCCGCCCGGCUCGCCGUCACCUACAUCGUCGCCCAGCUCUCGACGGGUUCGACGGAGGAGCGGCGGAAGGCGACGAGCGAGGCCCGCAAGUUGUGCAAGCACAGCGUGUUCUACCGCGCGUGCCUCGUGGAGGCGAACGCCGUGCCGUGGCUGCUGUGCCUCCUGUCCUCGACGGACGCCUCCGUGCAGGAGAAUGCCGUGGCUUCCCUCCUGAACCUCUCGAAGCACCCGGGGGGCCGGACGGCGCUCUUCGAGGCCGGCGGCGUGGGCCUCGUGGUGGACGUGAUCAACGUCGGCGCCAGGGCCGAGGCGCGGCAGAACGCGGCGGCCGUCCUGUUCUACCUCUCGUCGGGCCCCGAGCAGGCCGAGGAGAUCGGGCGCAUCCCGGAGUCCAUCCCGACUCUUGUGCAGCUUAUCCGCGACGGCGCGCACCGCGGGCGCAAGAACGCCAUGGUGAGCCUCUACGGCCUGCUCCAGUGCGCGAGCAACCACGGCAAGGCCGUCGCGGCCGGCGCCGUGGCCGCGCUCGCGGCGGUGCUGGCCGUGGACCUUGACGACCUUGCCGGCGACGCCGUGGCCCUGCUGGCGAGGCUCGCGGAGCACCCGGUGGGCGCGCAGGCCGUGCUGGCGCGCCCGGGCCUCGUCGCCCGCGUCGUGGAGGCCCUCGCGACGUCGGCGUCCCGGUCCGGGAAGGACCACUGCGUGGCGCUACUGGUCUCGCUGUGCCGGCACGGCGGGGAGAAGGUGGUGGCCCUGCUGGGGCGGAUGCCGGGGCUGAUGGCGUCGCUGUACACGCUGGUGGCCGACGGCAGCCCGCAGACGUGCAAGCGGGCGAGGGCGCUGCUGAACAUGAUCCACCGGCAUUACGAGAUGGGCGACGCGCCGGCGGCGGCGGCGCCGGCGUCGGAGGCCGGCGAGCGCGUCGUUCGCGUGCUAUAGCCGCAGGACCGAGACGAGACGUGCCGUAAGUACAGGAUGUAGUGUAGAUCUUACCAUCGAGUGAUCGUUGUGAGGACAUUUUUGUGAAUUCUCAGCUCGUGUUUUAGAAGAGCUGGGAACGAAUUUUGCUGCUUCCUUUUUUGAUGUUUUGUUACACUUCGAUUGUUGUAGACACAGACACACAGACACGAAAGUAUAGAGAAGUCUCUUUGGUGAGCUUGAUUAGAUCGAUAGCCGUAGUAGAAAGUGUGACAGUAUGGGUUACAGUUUGGAAAGUUGUUAUACUUGACUACUUGUACAUAUGAGUGAAAAAGUUUGAUUUUGUGGA